CCACAAGUGGUGCGGAACCAGAUAGCUAGCAAGCAAUUAACAAACAUGCCGUUAAAGAUAGCUAAAUAUUGUGCCAUCCCUGGUUGUGGAAGAACACAGUUGCUGCAUAACCUUCAUUCGGAUUCCGAUAUUAGGAAUGCGGGGUUAAAGUUUAUUUUUAAAGACGUUCCAGCUCAUGUGAGAAAACAUGGAGCGUUUGUUCGUUUAAUUUCUCCGAGGAUUCCUUCGUGAACAAGGCACAGAUCGAAUUAAAAAGCAGUGCUGUCUGUGCCGUCAAUAUUGGAUACGAUAGGAAUGGCGCAGCAAUCUUAUAAGCAGAGAAGCUAUGGAUUCCAUCAUUUCAAAGACUACUCAAAGCCUUACUUCUGCUGAGGACAUGAGAAACCAAACAAAACUUAUAAUGUAGCCCUAUGCCAACUGGGAAGAGUAUUUGACACCAGCGCCUCUCUCCAUAGCUAUCAUGGGAGAGCUGGUAUUUAUUUCUUCUGUAACAGAUUUCUCCAUCAAUAAGAAUCCCCCUAAAGAUGGUUACAAAUACAUCAGAUACCCAGAAUCCUUCCGAGCUUGUCUUAUGCAAGUGUGUAACUCUGGUUGGACGGCAUUUAAUGAAGCUCAUACAAGCAUGGACCAAAUUCGUCUCCAUACUGCCCAAGUUCCAGAUUACAUGAAGAUGGCUGUUAAGAUUCUGUUCCAAGACAAUGACGAGGUCAUUCAAGCACAUCUUCCAGAUCAACUGAUAAAUAUCCGAGUCAUUGCAGAUGAAUGUCUUGAAUUGUCUACAGAAACUGAAAAGCAUUUCAUGAAUGUCAUCAUGAUUAUCCAAGAGCUUCUAGAAGCAUGUGUGAACGCAGAGCACUUUUAUGGGGAGGAGAUGGAAGUUAUUAAGAAAAAAAUAGAGGAGAACAAACUGAGAGAGCAGUCAGCACAAGAAGCAAAGAAAAGGAUGGAUAAGGCGAUGAAUGCCAUUGAGAAGGAACUGGAGAUGACUCAUGAGAACUAUGAGAAAGCUAUGGAUUCUCUCCCUGGUGGUCUGAGUAUGAUGACUAUGGAUAUUGUUGGGGGGUUAGCACAGAGUGUUACAGGCCUUAUUAAUGGAGUGGUACACCUGAUAACUCACCCUGUGAGAAAUGCAUGUGUUGCAGCAACAAAUAUUUCUGAAACUGUGGACCACAUUAGAGGUCAACAACCUGUAGGAGAUGUGGUUGAUGAAAUAAAGUCAUUUAGUAAGUCUGCUGAAAUUCUACAAUGUGCACAGGCUAUCUUAGAUGGCAUGAAUAUGAGCAGCCGGGAUGGUGAGAUUGACUGGAAAAAUCUUUAUGAUCAGAAGGAGAAAACCACAAAAUCUGAUUUCUCUGCAGGGCAGUUACAAAGAAUCAAUGAUGAAUUGUGCAAAAUUAAUGACUGCAAAGGAAAGUCUGAAGCUCAGGUGUUAUGUCUGAAGGGCAUUAACAUAUGCAACCAACUAGCGAAAUAUGCACCAGAAGGCAAAUGUGAAAAAGACAUAAACAUGAAGAUAAUAGAGGACGUCUUGAAGUUGAUCGACUCAGCCCGUGUUUUUGACAGCAAAAGCAAAGACACAACAAAAUCUCCAGCCAUUUUCUCAAAACCUCCAAUGAUGUAUAAAAAUGAAAACAGGUCAGAGAACACAAGUCCUUCACAGCGAGCAACAGAUAAUGCACGAUUCGCCAUAGAGCAGAGCCGAGCUCAGUUAAACAAGACAAGAGAGACCUAUGAAAAGUGUGUGGAGAAUCUAGAGAAGAAUGAGAAGGAACUAACUGAAAUUUUGGUCGCUAUGAGAAAUUGUGAUCUCAAAGAGAUUGACUUCAAAACCACCAUCGAGAUGCUGGUCAAAGGUAUGGAUGCCAUGGGAAGAGUGAAGGAGCAAUGGGAGAAGAUGGUUCGCUUCUUUCAGAUGGUUUCCAACAUUGUUAAAACUAGCCUUACCACAACUCUCAAAAACUUUGUUUCAGCAUCUGAGAAAACCCAAGCCCUUUCUUACAACGCAAAGCUCUUCUCAAAAGAUUUGCUUUAUACUCAAGCUUUCAAAGCCUGUGACAUUGCCAGUCUGGUCCAUAUGAUCUCAGGAACAUACACAGAGAUUUCCAACAAGUAUCUGAUGGACCGUGUCAGUUCACUGGGCAAAUUGAUGGUCAUGGAUAAAAAUAAACCAGAAUUUGUGCAGGAGCGACUUAAGUUACAGAACUCCUGUGAUGCAGCACAAAAAGGAAUUUUAAAGCUUGUUCUGAAAAAUAAAGAGGAGUUUGAAAGGAAGAGUGCUACAAGAUUGGAGAGGAUUGAUCGAGAGUUGCUGGCCAUUCUGCCUGCUGCUCCUCCAGAGGAAACCAAGAAAAUUCAAGAGGCUGUUCAAGCUGGAUUCAGUGAGGAGGAAGCAGAAUCAUACUACUGAGAACAAGAGCUGAAAUAAUAUACAAGUACAAAUAAACAAUGUUAUUGUAGAUUAAAUUUAGCUUUCCAGCAGUGUGCUAUAUGCGAUUAUUACCUUAUUAGUCAAAAGUAACAAAAAAUGCAUGAGGAUAAAUUUCCUGCAUACUUCUCUUAUAACGAGUAAGGCUACAAUGCCUGAAGAAAUUAAAUAUUUGCUUAGAUCUUCACAUUUCAACAUUCAUUUUGAAGAAUAUUCACAGACAGUAGGGCUACAGUGGAGGAAAACAGAUGCUCUUCAUGCAAAGAAAAAGGUACUGAACCAUUGCAUCCCAUGCAUAUGGUAUAAUACCAUUAGCCUAUAAGCAAGGCAGAUCCAUUGAGACAAAUACCUUACAUAAAUCAACAAAAGACAUCCUGCAAAUGGAUAAACCAAGAAGGCAUUAGUGAGGAUGCAGUAGUUUUGUCAAAGCAAGGCAUAGCAAAAAAAAGUUAUACAUGCAAUUGUAAGUUAUAAUGCCUUUAUGUUAUUUUUUGUUUUAUUUAAAAAUAACAUACACUGCAUGAAAAUGUGCCUCUAAUAACAUAUAAUACCUACCAUAUGUAUGUGCUUGUUAUUUCUUUUUAACUCUUGUCACUUAAUGGAAAAAAAUUAUAUAAGAAAUUUGAAGUAAACCUGUUGAAAUGAAAGACUACAUGAUACAGAAUGA